AUGGUGUCUUGUUUCGUGCGGCCGGUGGAUGUCUUUGGGAACCCCAAGACUGCCCUCGGUGAGAACCUAGAGCCGCAGCAUACAUGGCUGGAAUGGAUAUUUAUGCCGCGUCACAAGCCCCUCUUCCACAACUUUUCCUCCAAUGCGAGAGCAGGUUUGACAGUGGCGCUUGUCAACGUCCCAUUGAGUAUUGCACUCGCCAUUGGCAGCGGUGCCACACCUGAGCAGGGAAUAGUGAGUUGCGUAUGGGCAGGGACGGUGGCCACUAUUGUGGGAUCUUCGCAUUUCAACGUUGUCGGACCAACCGGUGCGCUCAGUGGCCUUCUCGCCUCAAUGGUUGCCGCUCGUGGCCCCGGGGUUCUUUCACCACUGGCGUUGCAAGCCGCGUUGUGGAUAUUUCUUUUCUUUCUUUUGCGUGUCAACCGUCUCCUGCGCUACGUGAGCUCCGGUGUGGCGCAUGGAUUUGGUUGUGGCGUUGCCAUAGUUAUCGCUGUUGGACAAAUUCCAUCAGCCUUAGGCCUGAAGAACGUGACACCGCACGAGUCACUGGUGGAGAAGCUUAAGGAAGAUUACAGAAGAAUCGACACCAUUAGCAUACCCGACACGUUGCUGUUUCUCUCCACAAUCUUACCUCUACUCAUACUCUCGAAGCGGUACAAUAAAAUCCCCUGGCAGAUCGUGUUUACCAUGUUGGGCAUAGCUAUGGCGAGGAUAUUGCCUUCUGGUAGUUUGGUGCUUCUUGGGUCAAAAUAUCCCAACCUUUCACUGAACUUCUUCUCUUUUCAGCCGUUGCACACGCUGAUUGAGGCGGACUACUUUGAUUUCAAAACAGUGUUGUACGGUUUUGGUAUAGCCAUUGUGGCACUUAUAGAAACCCUCAUUAGCUCCAUUAUUGCAAACAAUCACGUGGAUGAUAAGUCUUACCUCAAUUACUCGGGAGCCCGAGAUACAUUUGGCCUGGCUAUGGCGAAUCUGAUGAGCUCGUUAGUUGGCGGUAUUCCCUCCACCGCGGCGUUGGCGCGCACAGCGUUAAUGAUUCAUUCCAGCGCCUUUUCUCGUGUUGCCGGGGUUAUUUCAUGCAUGGCUGUGGCUUUAUUAUGUAGUGUGUUAUUGCCACUAUUCCGUGAUAUUCCCAUGGCCACCGUUGCGGCAAUCCUCAUGGUGGUGGCAUAUAAACUGGUGGACUUGCACGACUUGCACAUAUUGCAUGUGGUUGAUACGGCAAAUUUGUAUUCGACCAUCAUUACAUGCGCCGCGUGCGUACUUACCGAUACGUUCGUUGGACUUGUUGUUGGUGUCUUUAUCAGUGUACUUCUGAACUAUUCUGAUUCACAGGAGGCGGAGGUUUUAUUUGAAGAGGAGGAUGAGACAUUUGCCUCACCACACCGCCCGGAACCCGUUAUGUUCCGUGUCCUUAUUGUUCGACCACAGGAGUCUCUUCUUUUUAUUAAUGCGGAAAUCAUGAAAAAUACCAUAUUUGAGCGAAGUGUCACCUUUUGUGAGUCCACGCCUUCUGGGCUGAAGAGGCGACUUGUUCUCGAUAUGGCUCUUGUCAACCGCGUGGAUUUUGACGGCACGAAGGCGUUGGGUGAAAUUAUUAGUGCACACCGCGAGAAAAAUUGGGUUGUCGAUGUUAUUAACGCCCAACACCUUCGAAACAGCCUCGCCUUGUGCACACCCUUCCAUGAUUUGCACAAGUUGGAGUAUCAAGAAUUGUACUGA